AUGGAGAGAAGACCAGAACAAGAUCCACAGUUAAGAGAGAAAUACGGUGAGGUGUUCACCAUUUACCUGGGGACCCGUCCGGUCAUUGUGGUCAGUGGAUACAGAUCUGUGAGAGAAAUCCUUGUAGACAGAGGUGAUGAUUUUUUAGGUCGAGGAGACAUGCCUUGCUUCAAUUAUUACAACAAGGAGUAUGGACUUAGUUUCGAGAGCAACAUGGAGAGGUGGAGGGCACUUCGUAAUUUUUCAGUAUCUGCAAUGCGGGACUUUGGCAUGGGAAAGAAGACCAUGGAGGAACAUGUUCAGGAGGAGGCUCAGUGGCUGGUGACAGAAUUUAGGAAUACAAAAGAGUCAUUUUUUGAUCCUCGCCAGUGCCUCAAUAAAGCCCAAUGCAACAUUAUUUUCACAAUCAUGUUUGGAAACCGCCAUGGUUAUGAGGAUGAAGAGCUCCAUGAUGUGUUGUUCUGGAUUUAUGAAACCUUUGUAAUUGCCAGCUCUUUCUGGGGGAAGCUGUUUGACAUGUUCCCACAAAUCAUGCGUUUCAUCCCCGGGCGCCACCAGAAGACUUUCAUUUACAUGAGAAACAUUUUGCGCUAUGUGAUAAAGAGGGUUAAGAUAAACAAGAAGACUUUGGACCCCAAUAAUCCGAGGGAUUUUGUUGAUGCUUUCCUCAUUAAAAUCGAGAAGGAAAAGAUAAAUCCCAAAAGUGAUUACACCUUCUCCAACUUAGUGAACAGCACUUCACAGAUCUUCGUUGGCGGGGUGGAGACUAUGAGCACAACUCUGACUUACGCUCUCCUUAUUCUCUUGAAAUACCCCGAUAUCCUUGCCAAAGUCCAUGAGGAGAUUGACCAGGUCAUUGGUCAAGAACGGAGCCCAAAGAUAGAAGACAGAAACCAUAUGCCCUUCACAGAAGCUGUGAUCCAUGAAAUACAGCGAUUUAUAGACCUGCUCCCAAUGUCUUUGCCACGGAAAACCACAAGAGACAUCAAGUAUAGAGGGUACUCUAUACCUAAGCACACUAAUGUGUUUCCGAUGUUGACCUCGGUACUGAAAGACCCCACCUGUUUCCCAUACCCAAAUGAGUUCAAUCCAAAGAAUUUCCUUGAUGAAAAUGGUGAAUUUAAAAAGAAUGAUGCCUUUAUUCCUCUGGCAUUAGGGAAAAGGAUGUGCUUGGGAAAGGCUCUGGUUCAUGUGGAGCUUUUUAUUUUCUUAAUCACUAUUCUGCAAAAUUUUAACCUGAAGUCUCCCAUUGCACUGGAAGAAUUGGACAUCAUGCCUAAUGUAUCUGGAUUGGCGAAAUUUCCUAAACCUUACAGGAUCUCUUUCAUCCCUCGUUAACUGUUAUUAUACUGUAUAUUCAAAUGUUCUUUACAUUGAAAUGUACCAUGUUGACUUUCAAAUCCAAACCCUAUUCAGGAUACCAUAUUUUAAACUUGAUCUAAGUUACACGGUAAAAAAUUAUAUUUUAUUGUUAUAAUGCUCCAACAAUUGUUCUAAAAGUGGGUUUGUUUUUAAGUUUAGUAAUUAGGGAAGGAGAGAGGAUUUUAGCAUGGCGAAGUAAAGCUAAAAUCCCAAAAUGGAAAAUUGUUAAAUAAUGCAACUUUGGAAUCCACCAAAAAUAUUAGUAGGCACUGUCUAUAAUAAAUAUACAAUAAGUGUAUACAGCACUAUUAACCAUAGCUGUUUAAGGACAGGAAAGAGAAUACAGUUUGCUGUCCAAUAGAAACUAUCAAAAUAUUUUCACAUUUCAAAAUAGUAAAAAAAGUUCCAAUUUGAAUUUAUUUAAAC